AUGACUCGAAAGAAACUUCCGGACUGGUCCUGGGCACCGAGAUUUUGUAUUCAACACGACUGGCUUCCAGCUCUCGAAGAUGACACCUGCAAGAAGUUCUGGGUCUCUUACUAUGGAGAAGAUAAAGCAGAUCCGGCCUCGAUCCACGGGAGUGUUCGGGCGCAUGGAGGAGCUGAAUCGCUCACCCUCUUUUCUCAAGAGUUUGAAAACGUGUCGAAAGAUGGACGCGAGCUUACUGUUGAACUCGACGAUAACUUGGGGGCUACGUUUAUUUACCACGAUAAAAGGUUGCAAGCUGGAAAUGGGCAGUUCAAAGCGCGAUUCCUAGACGUGUCUCCUGGUGAGAGUCUUGCGCUGGCGAGCGACUCCGACGUAGGACCCGAUGGACUCUCGAAAAUUCAAGUCAUCGAUAUAAAGAGCAGGGAAAUCAAGCUUUCUCUAUCCAUCGAGCCAACGCCACAUCUGGGUAGAUUUUUUCCGUCUGGCGAAGUUAUCAUCUUCGCUUUGCACAAUGAGAUCUGCCUCGCCGGACUCAAAGACGGUCAGAUCGUAAGAAGAUUCAAGGGACACAGCGAAAGCGUCACCCAAAUCGAAUUCAUCGAGGCCGGCAGAAACUUCGUAAGCUCUUCUACUGAUGGAACCAUACGCCUGUGGGAAUGUUCCAGUGGCGAACAAGUUUCUGAAUGGGAAAGUGAAUUAGUCCCAAGAGGUUCAAUCAACUGCUUAUAUGUUUACCAACACGACGAGGAAACAGAAUUCUCCGCCGAAGAAGCGAAAAAAUACUUUUGGAAGAAAACUACUUUUGCUCUUUACGGAACAGAGGAAGGAUACGUUCAAUGUAUAUCGCUUCCUACUGGCAAACUCGUUGCAGGAAUGUUCUGUCGAUCCGCGGUUCUCUCAAUGGAGUUGUUGCCAGAUCGCCUGAUUGCAGGUUGUAGAGAUGGACGGAUCUAUACGUUUUGGCGAAAGCCGAAUAAAAGUGAGGAAUGGAAUGUUGGAUUUAGCUUCAUGGUAUCGUACUUCUAUCCUCAUCCUGUCUACGCCAUGUCUGCGCAAUUAGCUCAGUCUCAAGAAGGUAUCUUCAAAGGGGAUCUCUACAUCAGCUUUGGUGCUACAGGCGUUGCGCUUUUUCGCAUCGUCGAACAUGAAGAAGACCUGGAAAUAGACGACCCUGACGAAAAGCCUCUCCGACCUAUGCACAAUGAACUGACAGGAGCAGACUGCGAGCCAAUUCAGCAGAUAUUCAAUCGUUCUAAUGGGAUCUGGACUACUUCGCGAGACGGCUUUCUUUUCUUUUACUCGUUACGGGACUCGUAA